ACCCUUCUUGCGAAAUCCUUCAUCGAGGCAGGACACCGAGACAUCGAAGCUUUUAAAGCGUUGGAGAAAUGUUUCGACCAGGAACAUCGUGGGCCGCUUGCCCAUGCGCAUUUCAUGAGGACGUCGUCAUAUCGUAUUACUUCGCCUCGCGCUGGUGUCCAAGAUAAAAAGGACGAAAAAUCAUUUUUAGCUCCAUUAUCUGAAGAAUCAUCUGAUGCUACAGUAAGGUCGAGCCAAAAUGGGGAUGAUUUAACGCCUAACAAGCAGAGCGAGUUUUUCGAGGAUGAGACACCCUCUAAAAAGAAGAGCAAAUCGGAACAAUUCGCAGAGCGGCAUCCCAAGAGGCAGAAAAGAGCCAAAGGCCCUCCUGGGAAUCCGCCCUAUAAGCAAGAUAGCACAACCAGCAACUCGAGCAAUAAAAUCCAAGCUGCGCUUGCUUGGGAUUCGUCUAGGUUCGCAACCUCGAAUGGGAAAAUGGUUUUAUUCGUAAGAGCACAUUAUUCAUGAAGUAUGGGUAGUGAACAAAAAGGCUAACUUGCGGAGAUGCCUUUCUUGCAUUACGAGACAGAUGAGCGGCGGCGGAAAAUGAGUAGAGCUAUUAAAAACGCACGCGAUGGUCGAAACAUCGUAGACAACUCUUCCCGAGAUUCUCUCAUUGUCAACGCAUAUCUCAAUAACACACCCCCUCUUCAUCCACGCAGGACCCUUGACCAGUUUUUCUACCACGGUAUCGAUACGUCCGUCAGGGAUACAGACCAAGUUGUCUAUCGAUAUUGCGAAAGGCAUGGCGUAGAACCCAAAGUUUUCAUGGUCGACCAGUUGUGGCUUUGGAUAAUUGGGAAAGAUCUUAUUAUUACAUGUUUCCCUCAGCGCUGGGACCAGCCUAAACAAGAUCCCUUGAAUGUUUUAGAUGGCAUCAUUGAGGAAACGAAUGCCAAGACGAGACCUCCUAUUGGAUCUGUUUAUGACCUGGCGAUGCUUAUAACUAGCCGUUGUUCCGGUACAUUCGACCGGCACCGUCUGGAUGAUCAAGAUUUCCAGUUUUUGGAUAUGUUUGAGAGCUCAAUUGGCCUUGUUACAGACCAAGAAAGCAGAUUGUUCCGCCGCUUCAACGAUGCCUCGGCACAGUCAGCACAGUGGCUUCACUACCAUCGGCGCAGACGUAGUAUCAGCAAGCCCGCACGCCUUUCUUCCUUUGGGACCCCGGAAACGUCUGGGGGCGGUGGGAUGGACCAAUUUCCAGAUGCUCUUCUUGAUAUCGGCGUUGAGACUUCCCUGUUAGCGGAGAUUAAGGACAUCCGUGAUGAACUAGGCAUCAUCGCCGUUAUCUUAGAUGCACAGCUAGCGACGCUCGAGGACUUCGAGCUGCAACUCACCGAAGAACUACGUGGCGAUGGUUCUAACCGCCGUGCCACCGACGCAGCCGUUGGCGAAAUCCGUAAGCGCGGCCGCGAGCAAGUACGUGGACUUGAGAUGCGGCAGAAGGACAUCUGGAGGAUGGAUCAUCAGGCACAAUCUCUAUACGACAACCUGACAGAUCUACUGGACCUCAAGCAGAAACACUCAAACGCGCUAGAAGCUCGCUUUGCAGGUGACCAGGCGGUAAUCGCGGCGAAACAGGGACAGACGAUCAUGGUAUUUACCAUCGUGACAAUCAUAUUCCUACCCAUGUCCUUCAUCGCGGCUUUCUUCGCCAUCAACCUCCGCGAGUGGCAGGAGGGCGAUGCCCUCAGCAUCCCGUACGUAAGUAAGUACAUGUUCGGCAUUGGCCUCGGGAUCAGUAUCCCAUUGAUUGCGAUGGCGUUCGCGGUGACGGAUAUCACGGAUGCAGCCAGGGCAGUGUUUGACACCGGGAACCGGUGGUUCUCGUCUUACAAGAACAAAGGGGAGGGGAAAGGGCGCUUUUCACUCAGAAGGGUCAGGUACGAACACCGGGUUACCGCGGAUGAAGACGACUUGGUGGAAGAGAGGCAGAUCAUGCACCCGAAAACUUCAGUCUCGUCACAGCGCGGGCGAGUGGGGGUCGCGGGGACAGACCAUCACCACUACCAUCAAUACCACCACCAGCAGAUGGCAGCCGGACUGUCCCCGCGGAUGCGGCCUAUGUACAGCCGUGGCCGCGACCGCAGCGUCGAUAUGCAUGCCGCAUCCCGGCUCUCGCCCGUCUCCGGGUCGCGGAAGGUAAGCUUUGGAGACGCGAACGGCGGCGCCUCAUGGGGUAGGCCCAGUCUGGAUCGGAACCGGGAAAGGAGGUUAAGCGAGGAUUUGGAAAAAGGGCGGAGGGUAUAUGGGUAAAUGUGAUAUAGGUAAUGUAGGAAAUGUAGGGAAAAAGGGGGUAUAAUUAGGUCAUGUUAUUUUGAUGUCUUGGUAUCAUAAAAGCCCAAGGAAUUCUUGGGGGCAAUUUGAAUACCAAUCUGCUUGGUAGGUUCGUAAUGAUAUGCAAUCCUCAUAUUCGAGGAGACUGGGUAUUAGAUAUCUAACCUAGGUGGGCAUCUACGCACUACAUACGUCGUCUAUGAACAUAAUGGAACAUGCGGAUUCUGAUAAUAGCAGACAUAUGUUUUAUCGAAGAAAGAGAUUCCUUGAUUUGGGAUUUAGGAGUAAAGUGAG